ACAACCGUAAUAGAACUGUUUGAUUUUGUAUCUUAGUGGUUUGGUCUGAAAUCUUAGUAACAUUUGAAGCUUAUAGAGAUAAGAUAAUCUUGAGCGAAGGGAAAUUUGGAAGCCGAAACCAUUAGGGUUUUACCGAAGCUGGACCUGACGAGUUGGGGUUUCAACCGAAGCAGAGCAGAUUGGGAGAGAUUCUAAUAAACAACAUGGAGGAUUUAUCUCUUCAACCCUCCCAAAACCCUAACAAGCCUCGUCCCAAGCGUUUCAUCAAGAGCCAGAUCCCGGACUCCAUCACCAACGAUCCUGCACUGAAUGCUGCCAUCUCCCUCCUUCCUUCCAACUACAACUUCGAGGUCCACAAAUGCAUAUGGCGCAUCUUAUCCUCUGGUGCCAAGCGUGUUGCCCUCCAGUUCCCCGAAGGCCUUCUCAUGUAUUCUCUCGUCCUCUCCGACAUUUUCAAGGACUUCGCCAAGGUUGAUGACUGCUUCAUCCUCGGUGAUGUCACCUAUGGUGCCUGCUGCAUCGACGAUUUCUCUGCAACCGCUCUCAAUGUUGAUCUCCUCAUCCACUAUGGCCACAGCUGCUUGAUCCCCAUCGAUUCCACUAAGGUACCAUCUCUCUAUGUAUUUGUGGAAAUCAAGAUCGAUGUUGAUCGUCUAAUCAACACUAUUAGAUUGAAUGUCGAUACCUUGGCAACGAAGAAGAUUGCGUUGGCAGGGACCAUUCAGUUCUCAGCGGCAAUUCGAGCUGCGAAGCCUGCGCUGGAGAGUGCGGGUUUUGAGGUUUUGAUUCCACAAUCAAAACCCUUGUCUGCUGGUGAAGUUCUUGGCUGCACAGCGCCGACAAUUCACAGAGAUGUUGCAGAUGCUGUUAUUUUUGUUGCUGAUGGAAGGUUCCAUCUUGAGGCGUUUAUGAUUGCCAAUCCUGGUGUUAGAGCUUUCAGGUAUGAUCCAUAUAUUGGGAUUUUGUUCUUGGAAGAGUAUGAUCAUGCGGGCAUGAAGGAAGCGAGGAAGAAUGCCAUUAUCAAGGCAAGAGAGGCGAUGAGUUGGGGGAUUGUUCUGGGGACGUUGGGCCGUCAAGGAAACCCUAGAAUUCUUGACCGCUUGCAGAAUAGGAUGAGAGAGAAGGGUCUUUCUUGGACUGUUAUAUUGAUGUCAGAGAUUUCUCAAACAAGGAUUGCGUUGUUUGGUGAUUCUGUUGAUGCUUGGGUUCAGAUUGCUUGUCCUCGGCUUUCAAUUGAUUGGGGGGAGAGUUUCAGCAAGCCGCUUUUGACUCCAUUUGAGGCUGAAAUUGCUCUCGGGUUUAUCCCAGGCUGGUGGGAGAAAACACCGGUAAAAUUGAAACCAAACUCAAACUGUGAGGAUAGUUUGGGUUGUGACAAUAAUGGAUCUUGUUGCAAGUAUAAUAAUCAGGAUUCCAAAAUCUCUGAAGAUUCAGCUGCUGAUUAUCCUAUGGACUAUUAUGCUCAGGAUGGAGGAGAAUGGAAUUGCUCUUACUCCAAGAAGUUGCCUCAUCCAACACGGAGAAAUCUUCAAUCUGCCAAGGGUAACGUAAUGGGAAUGUCAAAACCACCAUGUGAACUGUGCAUAUCAGAGAAAUAAAAUUAGAAAAAAUGCUUGGAAUUAUAAUUAUAUGUAUCUUACUUAUCACUGUUUUGAGAAUGAAUUCAUAUUUUGCUUAUUUGUGUCCCUUAUUUAUACUCUUUAUAUCUUCCUUGUUUUGUAGCUAAAUUCUUUUCUUCUACACAGUAAAUACUUGUGCUAAUCAAGGUUUACACAAGCUUUUUUUUUUGUUGGGGUUGCUGUAGCUCUUGAAGAAAACUGCCUAAGAAAGACAGAUGAUUAAUAUCUGUAUGGUGCUUGUAUCAUCCACUAUGCUAAUAUGUAGAGUUAUAAAACUUAAUUGGGAUUUGUAAAAUCCUCCUA